AUGCUGCUCAGUGCUGUGGAGAAAAAGAUUACGGCGGUGCUCCAAUCGCUUCGUGACACCCCACGCACCCCCUAUGAGAUGGAGAACCUCUAUCAACUGAACUGCGAGCGCAUCGCUACCGCCCGAGCAGCACUCGCUGACAUGAGUGGCGACUACAUCGAUAGGUUGCGCGCGAGGUGCAUGGAGGCAGAGAAGCAGGUGCAGGCGAAGCGUGCCGCCGGCGUGGUCGACACGGCCACCGCUGACACUGCCUUUUCCCUAGAUUUUGCGAUCGAGGAGACGGAGGGGCAGAACGAUGCGGAGAUUCAGUCGGCGAUGGAGGCGGUAGCCCAUGGCAGUAGGCGACCAAAGAAGUCAAAUGAAAAGGGCAAGCUUAAGAAGCAGAAAGAUGGAGAGGAGGGGCACAAGAAGAGGGGGAAGCGGACUCCUGCUGAUGAACCGUUCGCUCUCUCACACCUUGCUGGCUGCGGCAGUGGCGAGGACAAUGCAGUUGUCACGGCUACCUCGUCCUGCUUGACAAGGUGGGUGGUGCUGUCCCGCAUUAACAACCUAAUCAGCAGCGAAGUGCCGUCAGCAUUGUCGUCGAGUGGUCGGGGAAGAUGCGAGGCGGUCCCAAACACCUCUCUCGCCCGAGCUUUCUUCACUGAAGAAAUGAGUUGGGACGGUGUGCUGUGCCUGUGCGCGGUGGAGCUCUACCGGUGCGUGGUGAUCGCCCUGACCUAUGGUGAGCCGCAGCUGAGCUGGGCGGAGUGCGAAAAGAGGGUCAAGUCUCAAGAAGCGGUGGCCUCCAAAGUCGGUGCCAUCACGGAGGAGUGCUUUUCUUCUCACACUGCGAAGUGCGAGGACCUCAGAUCGCCCAACAAGUUCUCCGAUGGCGACGGCGAGGACACCGAAAGUGACAGCCCAUCGGCAGUCGAGGAUAACACUAUCGGAGCAGCUGAUCGCCGAGUACCAUCAAGCGCAGCAAGCGGAGGAGGAACAGCGGACACCUUGGCCCUUCCGCGCGAUGUCUCGGAGCGCUUCCAGCAGCGUCUUCGCGGCUUCACAGAAGCAAUGUGGGUCAUUCUUCUCUGCCACGGCGGGUACUUUGCCGGGGGUGUCUUUGCGGGAGGGACUUGCGUUGCUCACAAGGCGUUUCAGCGGUAUGUAGUCCGCAAAAAACAAGGUGGAAAGCAGUCGUCGAACGCGAAGGACGCAGGAAGUUACAACAGCGUUGGGUCUCAAAUCCGCGCUGCACAGGAGGUGAAGUGGCGCGUCGAUGUGCGGGACAUUCUGGUGGACUGGACGCCUUACAUCCAAGCCGCUUCUUUCAUCCUCUACGCCGCGCCAGGCCCUCAAAACAGAGCGGUGCUCACUGACUUUUCUCUCCUCCCCGCGAUGGCGUCGGUUGGGGGUAGGAAGUGCGACUCGCCCAUUCAGCUGAAGGACCCGCGAGUGAGCCGAGUGCCACUCACGACGCACCGGCCCACCUUCGAGGAGGUGCGGCGCAUCUAUGGCGUAUGUUCGCAUUGCAGCUUACUCUACGUGCGAGAGGAGGACGCGUAA